AUGGGUGGUGCUCCUGCUGGACCGGCCGGUACCGGAAAAACUGAGACGACCAAAGAUUUGGGGAAAGCUAUUGGAAUGAUGGUCUACGUUUUCAAUUGUUCUGAACAAAUGGAUUUUAGGGUAAUUAUAACUAAGAAACUUUUAAUGUGAUAUGCAUUUUUAUCAAAUCUAAAAUUAUAAUUUUUGGAAUAUUAGAUCUGAAAUCCAUAUUUUUUAAUAAUCUCACUAGUAUAUAUGUAUAUAUAUAUAUAUAUAUAUAUACCUAAAAAAUUGUUGUAUUAUCCAUAGUAAUAUGUUAUCCUUGUUAAAUUACUGUAUUAAACAGCCACAAGAUGUAAACUUUAUUAAAUAAAUAAAUGGUUAAAUAUUGUAAUCAAUAACAUGUUAUUAUAAAAAUAAAAUAAAUAUCUGGUUUCCAGUCAUGUGGUAACAUAUACAAAGGCCUCGCCCAAACCGGUGCGUGGGGAUGUUUCGACGAAUUCAAUAGGAUAACUGUUGAAGUAUUGUCCGUAGUAGCAACCCAAGUAAAAAGCGUAUUAGAUUCCAUAAAAGCAAAGAAAAAAACGUGUGUGCUACUUGGGGACGAAGUAAAUCUUAUUUCUACAGUGGGAAUGUUCAUUACAAUGAACCCGGGGUACGCGGGACGAGCAGAACUUCCUGAAAAUCUUAAGGCAUUGUUCAGGUAUGUUGCAUGUUUACUCGUAUUAUGUAUUUAAUGAUUUUCUAAAACAAAAAAAAGAUUUUAAAAUUUGAAUUCUCUCCAGACCUUGUGCCAUGGUGGUANUUGGUUGUCGCCGGAUCAUUAAAGGUAAACAUGUUCAUUAUAAAUUAUAAUAAAAGUAAAUUUCGUGAAACCAACAAUAUAAACAUACUUUUAAAUUUUAAAGAAAAAAUUACAUUAAAAUAAAACUUUUCCAAGUAUUUGAAACAUUUAUGUAAAAUUAUAAUAAUUAAAUUAUAUUAUAACUACAUAUAACAUACAAACCAAUGUAUUUUGAAACAGUCGUAACGUAACAAAUUUAAUUUCAAUUUUAGCGAUCAGAUAGAAAUCGCCCGGAAGAUCAAGUUUUAAUGCGAGCUCUCAGAGAUUUUAAUACCCCAAAAAUCGUAACUGAAGAUACCAGUAUAUUUAUGGGGCUAAUUGGUGAUCUGUUUCCUGCACUUGACGUGCCCCGAAAACGUAAUUUAGAUUUCGAAAAAACGGUCCGCCAAGCUGCGCUUGACCUGAAACUCCAACCUGAAGACAAUUUUAUACUCAAGGUCUCGAUUUUCAUUGUUAUUAUCAUAAAAUGUGCCAUUUAAAUAUAUAACCCAAUUGUUUUGUUGGCACAGGUAGUACAACUAGUGGAGUUGUUAGAAGUUCGACAUUCAGUUUUUAUAAUCGGUUUGGCUGGUACGGGAAAAUCUGAAGUCUGGAAAACACUGUACAAGGCCUAUUCAAAUAUGAAAUUGAAACCUUAUUUCAACGAUAUUGAACCGAAAGCAGUUACCAACGACGAGUUGUUUGGUGUUAUCAGUGCCACUACCAGGGAAUGGGUGGAUG